CAUAUUUACUGAUGGCUGUCAUCACCAACUUCAACGAUGGGAUCUAAUAUUCUAAGGUAAAUAUUUUAAAUGGUUUUAUUGGGAAUUAGAAUUGCUUAUAGAUGAAAGUUCUACAUUUGUCACGUAUUUACAAAUUCCACUCCACCAAUCAUGCUCAUAUUAUUAUGUCUUUAUUCAUUCCAGGGUUCAUCAUCCGUCCCUAGUCAGCCAGGCUAUUCUUCAUCCUCAUUCUUCCCCUCACUUUAAACAGAUCUAAGAAGCAAAGAUGGAGGCGAAGCUGAGGCAGAACCAGCGAGCCCUCACCCGGGCCAUGAGUGAGCUGGACCUAGAGAGGCAAAAAAUGGAGCAGCAAGAGACGAAGGUCAUUGGCGACAUGAAGAAGAUGGCCAAACAGGGCCAAAUGGAUGCCAUGAAGGAUAUGGCAAAGGAUGUGGUUGGCAAGCGGCGAUACAUCAAGAAGUUCAUAUCAAUGAAGGCAAAAAUGCAGGCCGUGUCCCAUAAGAUGCCGACCAUGAAGUCACACAACUCCAUGGCCCAAGCUAUGAAAGGGGUGACCAAAGACAUGGCCGCCAUGAACAGACAGAUGAAGCUUCCUCAGAUCCAGAAGAUAACGACGGAGUUCGAAAAAGAAUCGGGAAUCAUGGACGUAAGGGAGGAGACGAUGAACGACGCCAUGGGCGAUGAGGAUGUCGAAGCGGAAACGGACGCUGUGGUCUCCCAGGUCCUGGAUGAGUUGGGCCUGACUCUGACCGAUGAGCUGUCCAACCUUCCCGCUACCGGAGGUUCCCUCAGCGUGGCCGGAGCCAAGAAAGGAGAACCCACAGCCGCUUUAGCCGAUGCAGAUGCGCAUCUGGAGGAGCGGCUGAACAAUCUGCAACGGGACUAACGUGUCGGACCCUGCACUACACGGACUCUGAGUUUUAUCUUUUUGGUUUUUUUGUAUUCUGAGAUAACCAUGGGGCUGUAGGGGAUCGGCUCUGGGCCGGAUGGCGGUCAGAUAUGUAUCUCCAGUCCCCGGCCGCUAGCUGCCUCUAUUCUGCUCCCGUCCACACUGUAGUAAGUGGAUGAAGAAAACUGUUCUGAUUUUAUAUUAUUAUUACCUCUUUUUGCUGCCGAGUUUUUUUUCUUCUGGUGUUCCUGUCUCCGCUUUCAUACAGAGGGCGGCAGGCGCUGUUUUCUGUAAAUAAAAACCUGUCUGAGAGCCAAAGCCUUUA